AUGCUGGAGGACUCUCCAUUCUUCAUUGAGCACGGUGAUCUGUCACCCCAGAAUAUCAUUGUGGAUUCAGAGUACAACAUCACGGGAAGACUCAUUCUUGAAGCGAUUGUUAGCAAAGGCCGCCAUAAGUGGUUUGCGGACAAACCCUGGUUUUCUGAGAGUGGCACUGUGAUGAAUGUGGCCCGUGAACUUCUGUUCACCUCGAAUUCUAGAUCGGCGACUUCAAGGUCCCCGAUUUGUCAUCAUCGCCGCCAGAAAUCAAGCACCACCUCCGCCAUCCGUCUACAUAUAGACCCCGGUCACCACGGUCAGAUUCCCCCUCCGCCACAAGCACCACCAGCCCCACCGCCAGCUCUACUUCUCCUCACCACCGACACCAUGUCCAACGACAUGCUUCGCAGCACCGCCGGCCUCAGCGACCGCUUCAGAGACCUCCAGGGCCGCAACCAAGGCGAAGUCUGGGACGAUCUAUGGAAAGAAUCCCGCACCCCCUGGGACCGCGGCGCACACAAUCCCGCCCUCGAAGACGCGUUGGUCCAGAAACGUGGGUUCCUCGGGCCUGCCGUUUUCGACGACGGGCGCCGCAAGAAGGCGCUGGUUCCGGGAUGUGGGAGGGGAGUGGAUGUGUUUCUGCUGGCCGCGUUUGGGUAUGAUGCAUACGGACUAGAGUAUAGUCACACGGCAUUGGAGGUGUGUUUGAAGGAGACGGAGAAGUAUUAUGGGGAGAACGGGAGGGUGCCGCCGAGGGAUGACAAGGUGGGGAGUGGGAAGGUCACUUUCUUGCAGGGGGAUUUUUUCAAGGAUGAUUGGCUUAAAGACGCUGGGCUGGCAGAGGGAGAUUUUGAUUUGAUCUAUGAUUAUACGUUUUUCUGCGCAUUAAAUCCAACGCUGCGACCACAAUGGGCACUCCGCCAUUCUCAAUUGCUCGCGCCAUCGCCCCGCGGGAAUCUCAUCUGCCUUGAAUUCCCAACCACAAAAGAUCCUGCCACUUUGGGGCCACCGUUCGCUUCCACGCCGGCAAUGUAUAUGGAACAUCUCAGUCAUCCCGGGGAAGACGUUGCAUAUGACGACAAAGGCUACGUCAAGCCUAGUCCCCUUAAACAACCGAGCGAGAAGGGGCUCGAGCGUGUUGCUCACUGGCAGCCUGAGCGAACCCAUACGGUUGGUAUGGACGACAGCGGGAAUGUUUUAGACUGGGUUUCGAUUUGGCGCCGGCGGAAUUAG